AUGGAAGAAACCACUUUUAAAGUUGACACUGGCAAAGGAUUCAACCUUAGUGCCACACUUUUCUUAAAAUCUAUUGUACAUAGUGAGAGUAUCGUAAUUGUGUGUCAUGGUCUUUUAAACACACGACUUUCAGAAACCGUUCGUACCGUUGUCGAAAGAAUCCCAUACCACGCAUUGUCCUUUGAUUUUCAAGGCAACGGAUUGAGUGAAGGGAUAACAGCAUAUGGGAACUAUGAAGAAGAAGUGGAAAAUGUUCGUUGUAUAGUUUCAUAUGUUCGAGAAAAACUCGAACGCAAGGUAUUAUGCAUCUGUGGUCAUAGUAAAGGAGCAGCAGUGGUGCUCUUAUACGCAUCAAAAUACUCGGAUGUUCCAUUAAUUAUAAAUAUUUCAGCUCGAUACGACCAUACACAAAUUCCACCCAGUCGCUUUAGACCGGAACAACUUGAAGAAUUAAAAACAAAGGGAUCUUUUGUUUGGCUUAAACUCGGUAAUCAAGAUUAUGUCAUUCGACAAGAAGAUAUGAAUGCGAGUUUAAGUUUAGAUAUGUCAGUUGUAAAGAAUAUUGAUAAACGAAAAAUAAGAGUGUUGACUGUUCAUGGAUCAAAAGAUGAAGUAUGUCCUUUAGAAGGAUCAUACACUUAUGAUUUGUUAAUGGGUCCCAAACCAUAUCAUAGUUUAACGGUCAUUCAAGGUGCUAAUCAUUGUUAUAAUAAUGAGAAACAUAAAACGAUCCUGAUUGAUAAAAUAACAGCUUGGCUAAAUGAAUUUGUACCUUGGUCUUCCAAUCUUUAA